AUGUGGAGGACGCUGGACUGUUCAAUGAGACAAAAACGGGACGGAGGAGAAAUGAAAAGAACGAGUGUAAGGAACUAUGUGAGGAUAUUAUGUAGACAGGGGAGGAGGCAAAGAAGAGGAAGAGAAAAAGAAGAGGAAGAGAAAAAGAAGAGGAAGAGAAAAAGAAGAGGAAGAGAAAAAGAAGAGGAAGAGGAAAAGAAGAGGAAGAGGAAAAGAAGAGGAAGAGGAAAAGAAGAGGAAGAGGAAAAGAAGAGGAAGAGGAAAAGAAGAGGAAGAGGAAAAGAAGAGGAAGAGGAAAAGAAGAGGAAGAGGAAAAGAAGAGGAAGAGGAAAAGAAGAGGAAGAGGAAAAGAAGAGGAAGAGGAAAAGAAGAGGAAGAGGAAAAGAAGAGGAAGAGGAAAAGAAGAGGAAGAGGAAAAGAAGAGGAAGAGGAAAAGAAGAGGAAGAGGAAAAGAAGAGGAAGAGGAAAAGAAGAGGAAGAGGAAAAGAAGAGGAAGAGGAAAAGAAGAGGAAGAGGAAAAGAAGAGGAAGAGGAAAAGAAGAGGAAGAGGAAGAGGAAAAGAAGAGGAAGAGGAAGAGGAAAAGAAGAGGAAGAGGAAGAGGAAAAGAAGAGGAAGAGGAAGAGGAAAAGAAGAGGAAGAGGAAGAGGAAAAGAAGAGGAAGAGGAAGAGGAAAAGAAGAGGAAGAGGAAGAGGAAGAGGAAGAGGAAGAGGAAGAGGAAGAGGAAGAGGAAGAGGAAGAGGAAGAGGAAAAGAAGAGGAAGAGGAAAAGAAGAGGAAGAGGAAGAGGAAGAGGAAGAGGAAGAGGAAGAGGAAAAGAAGAGGAAGAGGAAAAGAAGAGGAAGAGGAAAAGAAGAGGAAGAGGAAAAGAAGAGGAAGAGGAAAAGAAGAGGAAGAGGAAAAGAAGAGGAAGAGGAAAAGAAGAGGAAGAGGAAAAGAAGAGGAAGAGGAAAAGAAGAGGAAGAGGAAAAGAAGAGGAAGAGGAAAAGAAUAACAGGAAGAGGAAAAGAAGAACAGGAAGAGGAAAAGAAGAACAGGAAGAGGAAAAGAAGAACAGGAAGAGGAGGAGCAAAACCUCCUACAAGAGAGAUAUUUAA